UAAACUAAUAAUUUUGAACAUACACAUGAUUUAAUCUAGUAUAAUUAUAAUAUUUUAUUAAAAAAUGAGUGAUAAUAUAAAACUAAAAUUAAAUUAGUCUAUCAUGUGGAUGAGUGAGGAAGCGUCGUGUUAUUGCUUUUCCAGUUUCAUGUUCUUAAAAAUGUGUUUCUUUGUUUUGUAUAUCUUAUGUAAACUGUUGACCCAAAUUGAUACUUAUAAAAUGUAGGCAUUAAAAAAACAAAUGCGCAUCCGCGAAAUAUGAAGAAGUAUCAUAUGUGUGGUCGAUACAUCACAUGUGCAAUUAAUAAAACUGCAACAUCGUUGUCUUUGAAAUUAUUCACCAGUCCAUCUAAAUGGCAGCCCGGCCUAUAGUUUGCUGUCCUAUUAUAGAUCAUUAUGUUAAUGUAUUUAUUUAUACCUCAUAUUAUUCCUGAGCUUUACAGUAACUUUAUGAAAUUUCAAGAGUCAAUUAUGCAUAUGCACUCAAGACUCAAGAGAAAUCAAUGUUUGUGUUACUUGACCAGCAAAUUAAGUAAUAGGAUACGUAGAAGAACCAUGUGCAAUCUUUUGAACAAGUCCUAAUGUUAUAUACGUAAGCAAGAAGAAUGGUUCAAAAGUCCUAACUUUAUUUAACCAAAACAGUAUAUAUCAGUAUAUUGGCAAAGAUUCGACCAAAGCAAAAAAGAAAUAAAAUGGAGAUCACAUGUAGUUUUCCUCACAAGCUUUUCAACCUCACUCUUCUUCUUUGGGUAUCACAUCUUCAGGCUACUGAUCAAUCUUUUACAAAUUUCAUAUUUGGAGACUCACUGGUAGAUGUUGGAAACAACAAUUAUCUCUUCACAUUGUCAAAAGCUGAUUCUUCUCCCUACGGCAUCGACUUCAUACCUUCUAAUGGCCAACCCACCGGAAGAUUCACUAAUGGUCGGACCAUUUCUGAUAUUGUAGGUGAAGCCUUGGGAGCAGAAUCAGCACCAACUCCUUAUCUUGAACCAAACACUGAGGUUAACACAAUUCACAGUGGGAUCAAUUAUGCUUCUGGUUCGGCUGGAAUCUUUGACGACACCGGUCUUUUGUUCAUAGGGAGGGUUCCGUUGAGAGAACAGGUGAGUUAUUUUGAGAAAAGUAGAGACUAUAUGGUAAGAAUGAUUGGUGAAAAUGGUACGAAAGAGAUGUUGAAGAAGUCAAUGUUCACAAUCACAAUUGGGUCCAAUGAUAUAUUAAAUUACAUCCAACCAUCUAUACCUUUCUUCUCUCAAGACAAGCUCCCCAUUGGUGUCUUACAAGACUCCAUGGUCUUUCAUUUAACCACACACCUUAAGCGUUUGCAUGAAUUAGGAGCAAGAAAGUUCGUGGUGGUCGGAGUGGGACCACUCGGUUGCAUACCAUUUGCUCGUGCCUUGAACUUGAUACCAGCUGGAAAAUGCUCUGACCAAGUCAACCAAAUCGUCCGUGGCUAUAACAUGAAGCUUAGACAUUCUCUCACGACAUUGAAUAAUGAGUUAGGAUAUCACAACACUACAUUUGUCUACGCCAACUCUUACGACCUAUUCUUGAAACUGGUUUUGAACUAUCGUCAAUUUGGGUUGGAGAACGCGGACAAGCCUUGUUGUGGGGGCUACUUCCCACCCUUUACUUGCUUCAAGGGACCGAACCAAAACUCAAGCGAAGCGGCCUGUGAGGAGCGGUCAAAGUUUGUUUUUUGGGACGCGUACCACCCAACCGAAGCUGCCAAUCUCAUCGUUGCGAAAGCACUUCUUGAUGGGGACCAAACUGUGGCUACACCUUUUAACAUUCGUUACCUUAACCAUCUUUAAUCAUUAAAAUGUAAAAUCUUUUUGUGUAAUUCAUAACCAUAUAAAUAAACUCAGUCACAUCAAUAAGCUA